GAGCGAGCGGCUGCUCUGCCGGUGAGACGAGCCCCGCGGAGCCGCCGCUCGCCGACGACACAACUUUCCUCCGUGAGCGCGUGGAGCUCCCGGCCGGGCUGCCUGCCUGCUGGCUCCUGCCAGACCCUGCCAGACCCUGCCAGCUCCUGCCAGACCCCGCCAGACCCCACCAGCUCCUGCCAGACCCCACCGGACCCCGCUUGCUGCGAGCCCCUGCUCAGGGGACACUUCCCCUGGCAGCGCCGCGAGCAUCAUCCUCUGCGCCCACCGCCGUCCAGUGCCAUAUGGGCGCUGGGUGCUGGAGAGGGGCAACCGCUUCCCCUGGCCUCUGAAGCACCGCAGAGCUUGGCUGGGGCCUCAUCCUGCCCUGCCGGACCCCCUCAACCUGGGCGAUGCCACCCCAGGUCCCUGCCCACACCCCCUGAGGACGGGUGCUGCCUCCGGCCAGGCUGCGCGAUGGGUGCCGGGGUGACGUUGGGCAUUGCCAGCCCCGGAGCGAAGGCGACGUGGGACACGGCACAGCCUGGCACCGCAUCCGUGCGCGGUGAGCAGCCAGCACCGACACUCAGCCCGGCCGCGUGAAGGGCUCCCUGGCACCAUGGCCCCGGGCGGGCGAGCGUGAGCCUCCGGCCGCACCGGUGAGGAGGAGGAAGAUGCCAACACCCCUCCGGCACUGCCUGGUCUAUGGUCCCCCUUGCCCAGGCACGGCGGCCGCCGGAGCCCAGCAAUGGAUUCCUUCUGCUUCGUCUGCUUCCAGAAAGAGGAGCUGCAGCCCCUGCACCUGCACAGCGCAGCCAUGAGCGCGGGUUCGAUUGAGCAAGAGCCGUCGCGCAAGCUGGCCUGCUGCGGGGUGCCCCUCAUCACCGAGGACAUGCAGUCCCUGGCCAUCCGCACCCUCUCGGGCACCGACAUCAACAAGCACUACGACCUCAUCCGCGAGCUCGGCAAGGGCACCUACGGCAAGGUGGACCUGGUGUCCCACAAAAGCACAGGCACCAAGAUGGCCCUGAAGUUCGUCAACAAGAGCAAGACGAAGCUGAAGAACUUCCUGCGGGAGUUCAGCAUCACCAACACGCUCUCCUCCAGCCCCUUCAUCAUCAAGGUCUUCGACGUGGUCUUCGAGACUGAGGACUGCUACGUCUUCGCUCAGGAGUAUGCCCCGGGCGGGGACCUCUUCGACAUCAUCCCGCCGCAGGUGGGGCUCCCCGAGGAGCUGGUGAAGCGCUGCGUGCAGCAGCUGGGCCUGGCCCUCGACUACAUGCACAGCAAGAGCCUGGUGCACCGGGACAUCAAACCGGAGAACGUCCUGCUCUUCGACCGCGACUGCCGCCGCAUCAAACUGGCCGACUUCGGCAUGACCCGCAAGGUGGGCUGCCGGGUCAAGCGCAUCAGCGGCACCAUCCCCUACACGGCGCCCGAGGUUUGCCAGGCCGGGCGGGCGGAGGGCUUCGCCGUGGACACCAGCAUCGACGUCUGGGCUUUCGGGGUGCUCAUCUUCUGCGUCCUCACCGGGAACUUCCCCUGGGAGGCGGCGGCGGCUUCCGACGCUUUCUUCGAGGAGUUUGUGCGGUGGCAGAAGGGGCGGCUGGGGGGGCUGCCCUCGCAGUGGCGGCGCUUCACGGACAGCGCCCUGCGCAUGUUCCAGCGCCUGCUGGCCCUCGACCCCGAGAAGCGCUGUCCCGUCAAGGAGGUCUUCUACUUCCUCAAGUGCGACCUGAUGGCCGAGGUGCGGCGCCGGCCCUCCUACCGCUCCCGCAAGCACGCCGGGGACAAGCUCCCGGCCGGUCCCCACCGCCACGAGGCGGCCGGUUCCUGCACCCCGGCCCCGCUCAAGAGGACCGUCCUGACCGAAGGGACCGGAUCCCGCGGCUCCGAGCCGAGCGCGGCCCCCCCGGGGACGGCGAGCAGGACAGACGGACGGCAGGACAAAGGCAAAGGGCAGAUGGUCCUGGCCACAGCAAUAGAGAUCUGCGUCUGACGGAGCCGCGGCGGCACGCGGCGGCCGCCCGUCCUGGCCGGUCCCGUCCCCCCCCCCGCCCCGGGGAUGGGGAUGGGGGGGGUGUUGCUCGUGGCGGUGGCACCAGCCGGGACCAGGCUCCGGGUCUCCCAAAGCAAAAAAAAAAACAAAAAAAAAAAAAACAAAAAAAAGAAACAAAAACUAAUUGGAAAAG